AAAGCUUAUAACUGUCUUCAGAACUGACGGUAAAGUAGCGGAAUUCCCAGCACCUGGCCACACCAAACAGCUGUUUGCUGCGUCCCCAUUUGCGUCGUUGUUGUAAUACCCCCGAAUCUAGAAUCUAGCGAAACCACCGAAUCCCCAGCUUCCACAGCGCGAUCCCAACAUGGAGUCCCCCACCUCGAACCUGGUGGCCAAGGACUUUCAGGUGACGGGCGUUUCGCGCAGCGGUCGCGUACGCAAAAAGUCCUCCAAGCUGCUGGAUUUCGAGUCGCCCGAGGAGAUCGAGAAGCGGACGCGCCGCCAGAGUACCGGUCGCCAACCGGCCCGAUAUCCGGGUCGCGGGCGGCCAUCAAAUGCCAUGAGAGAGCUCGAACCCAGCGAUCAGGAGAUGGGAAUCUUCGAGGAACCCAACAUCUCCGAGUCCGAUGCUCCUCUCCUGACAGCCGCAGCCAUCCUGAACUCCGAUGACGAGAUAGACAACCUGGUGCAGGACCUGGUCGACGGCGUGGAGGCGGAGGCCACUAAUCAGGAGUCGCCGGUGCGCCAAAGUCUCUACAUGCGCGAGAAGGCGGCCAGUGCCAGCAGGCGACGUCCUGUGAAGGAUGCCAGGUCGCCCGGCGGCAAGGACAAGGAGAAGGUCAAGCAGCGCUUCACCGCCUACAGCUUGUGGGCCAGAGAGGUCCGAAAAAAGGACCUCCAGGACUUGGACUUCUCCAACGUGGCCAGAAAGCUCAGUGAGAUGUGGGCGAACGUCUCCAACCGUGAGAAGAACGCCUGGAAGCGCAAGGCCAAGCUGCAGGCUACGAGGGCCAAGUCACGGGACCCAGCCAGCCCAACUACUCCCACCCAGAUGGCCAGCAACGGCAGUGCCAGCCAGAGUGGCUCAGGCAUCCAACACGAGACGAGCUUCCAGAACAGGGCGACGACAAGUCGCACCAAGAAAUUGGCCGCCGACCGACAGCAGUCGGCUGCCACGGCCGCCGCUCUAGAAUCGAGCACAUCACAGAACACGAGGCGCAUCAGCACACGAAGUGGCAGGAGUAACCAAGCAGUUAGCGAGACUGAGACGCUCAGCCGGAUCUCCCUCCAGCAGGAGAAUGCAGCGGCUGCGGCGCAACAAACCAGCAUCGAGGUGAUCGAUGCGGCAGCUCACCUGAAGCUCCUUGGGGAGAGUCUGACGGUGAUCGGGGAGCGGCUGAAGAAGCACAACGGCCAUGUGGCACUCUCCGGCAGCUUGUCGGUUCUCCUGGACAGCCUUCUCUGCUCGAUGGGCCCGCUUCUCUGUAUGACCACCCAGAUACCGGGGCUGGAGAACAAGGUGCAGCUGAGCAGGAAUCUUGCCGCCACGCUGGAUAACAUCGCCUACGUGAUGCCGGGACUGUAAGGAUAACGCAUAAAUAUAUUUAUUAAAUAGCAGGGCGGGAUCGGAUCUACCAGCUUUGCCAGGCAGCUGUGCUUCCGCGGUACGAAACGGUAUUUGUAAAAUAUGAAUUAGCGAAAGGAAUACCGAAACAACAGUGUCUCUCCUCCAUAUAGUAUCCAUAGGCUUAAGACCAACCACUAUCUUUGAUAAGAACAAAAAAUCAUCUUCAAAUCGGUUAUAUUUCUACUUAUAUUUAUUCUACACUUCUUAAGGACAGUAUCCAGACUUUUAGUUGAUUAUCGAACUAGGGAAAUAUAUGUAUAAUGUUAUUCACUUUUUUCCAAUACUAUAAAUCCUACUUUUUCAAUAUUUUUAAAAACUUGAAAUUAGAAAAAAAAGAAACUACAGAAAAAUUAUUUUAUUUUAUAUUUUCGCGUUUUAAUCAAUGAUAAAUCGAUAGUUUAUAUUUUAAAAUAUUAGAAAUACAUUUUUUUGUAUAUAAACCGGUUCCAUUUUAAAAACUAUAAUCUCCCAUGUAACCAUUUAUUUCUUGAAACAAUGAUUAAUCUUCAAAAGAAAGUUUGUGAAUAUAUCCAAUAAUUAAAAAAUUUU